AUGAAUGAUCGAACAGACGAGGCUGCCGACAUCACGGCCAAGGCCAUGGCAAGCCUGAAGCUCGUUGAAGACCCGUACUGGAUUCGCCACCUUCGACUUCUUCGCAAGAUCCACAAGAUGCCCCCCGAGAUUCGCAACCAGAUUGAGGGACUAAUGUUGCCAUCCAACGGCGUCAACUUCGUCGCGGUUGGCCGGUAUGAUGCCGCAAUCUUGCCCCCCUUACACUCUGCGCCCGUCUGGGAGGAUGCCAUGACUUGCAUUGGCAUGGAGCUCGUGGAGGACCCGGCUCGUGAUGGCCCGCGCGAUGUUGAGGAUCCCAAGAAGGAUGAGACACCCAACUUUCCUCCCUACCUACAGUCAGGAUUCGUCAGGGUGAUGAACGCUGUCAAGGGCUCAGGCCUGGCCAAGCUUCAGAGAGAGAAGUCGUUCGGCCCCAACGACAUGCUCAAGAGGGCUUACUACACCGAAAGCGGCCAAAAGUUGGAUCUCAACGUCAAGGAUGAGCUAUUUUACUGCAACGAGGCGUCCGAGAUUAGGGUCAAAGCUGAGGGCGAGGACGACGACGACACUGAGGGCGCUUCUGAUGCGGCCCAAGCUGGUGCUCUCGCUAGUGGACUCAAUAAACCCACCGAUGGUUGCCUGGCUGAAGGCGAACUCUCCCCUUUCUCCGAUACUCUCACUUCCAUUGAGGCCCUCGAGAUCUUGGAUGACUUGUCGUACAGAUGCUUCGCGUGCGGCAAGCAUUUCCACCUCCACGACAUACGACUCCACGAGAGACUUCGCCAGUACGCCAGGUUUCUCCAACGUUUCCCGGACCUCGAAAGUGUAUACCUCGUCUUUCCUCUGGAGAAGACUGCCGAAAAUUUCGCGUCGGGCCCCCAGGAGCCUCGGUACGUUGCGACCGGUGCUGCCCGGUUCGCCGACCCUCAGGGUCGCCGUUGGGUUCAGGCCAAAGGCGAGUUUUCCACUCUUUGGCAAGAAGCCCACUAUUAUUGA